ACUCGCGCGUGACAGGGAUAUCGCAAAGUGAGGCAGAGGAUCUUUCCUCCACACUCAUCCUUUCUCUCCUCUCAUUUCCUUUACACCAUCAUCAUGGAUUCCAGGGUAGCACAUCGACGCGGCGAAUAUAAAAACAAGGGCGGCUUGAAGCAGGAUGACCUUCGUCGCCGCCGGGAGGAGCAACAAGUCGAGAUCAGGAGGCAGAAACGUGAAGAGAACAUCUCUAAGAGGCGAAACUUCCUUCCCAGUACAGUCGGCGACUCAGAUGAGGAGGGCGGAGCCACCAGCUUCGAAAGUCCGCUCGCGGACGAUAUGAUUGCUGGUGUCUUCUCCGAUGACACCGAACGCCAAUUGGAUGCUACCACCAAGUUUCGUAAACUCCUUUCCAAGGAGAAGAAUCCUCCCAUUGAACGCGUGAUUGAGUGUGGUGUUGUCCCACGUUUUGUCCAGUUCUUGCAGGGAGAUAACCCUAUGCUCCAGUUUGAGGCAGCGUGGGCGCUUACAAAUAUCGCCUCUGGAACGGCGGACCACACUCAAGUUGUCAUAAGUGCUGGUGCUGUACCAGAAUUCAUUAAACUUCUUUCGUCUCCCGUACUCGAUGUGCGGGAACAAGCUGUCUGGGCUCUUGGUAACAUCGCUGGAGAUAGCCCUCAAUGCAGGGAUUACGUCCUUCAGCAGGGUGCCCUUAGGCCUCUGUUGGCUUUGCUUAGCGAGAAUCACAAGCUCAGUAUGCUUCGAAACGCAACCUGGACCUUGAGCAACUUCUGCCGAGGCAAGUCUCCUCAGCCUGAUUGGGACCUCAUCUCGCCAGCUCUUACCGUCCUCACCAAACUCAUCUAUUCUCUCGAUGAUGAGAUUUUGAUCGAUGCUUGCUGGGCGAUUUCUUACCUCUCCGACGGCUCGAACGACAAAAUUCAGGCGGUUAUUGAAUCGGGCGUUUGCCGGAGACUGGUCGACUUGCUCAUGCACCCGUCAACCUCCGUGCAAACACCUGCGCUGCGCUCCAUUGGCAACAUCGUAACUGGCGAUGACCUUCAAACUCAAGUUGUCAUCACCUCCGGAGCUCUCCCUGCCCUUCUCUCCCUUCUCUCCUCUCCCAAAGACGGCAUCAGGAAGGAGGCAUGCUGGACGAUUUCCAAUAUCACCGCUGGCUCGCCCCCUCAGAUUCAAUCUGUCAUUGACGCCAACAUCAUUCCACCUCUGAUCAAUAUCCUCCAGAAUGCCGAUUUUAAGACCAAGAAGGAGGCUUGCUGGGCUAUCUCCAACGCGACUUCCGGAGGUCUCCAGGAGCCAUCACAAAUCCGAUACCUCGUUUCACAAGGAUGUAUCAAGCCUUUGUGUGAUCUGCUCACCAUGAUGGAUAACAAAAUCAUUCAAGUUGCGUUGGACGGCCUUGACAACAUACUUAAGGUUGGUGAGAUGGAUAAGCAAGCUUCCGGUCCUGGUGCUAUCAACAUCUAUGCCCAAUACGUUGAGGAAGCUGGAGGCAUGGUCACCAUUCACAAUCUUCAACAACACGACAACCUCGAUAUUUACAAGAAAGCCUUCAAUAUCAUGGACAAGUACUUCCCUGAUGAUGAGGAAGUUGAUGCUGGUAUCAGUGCGCCCCAGGUCGAUGCUUCUGGUGCAUUUGCAGUACGUGUUCUCUUUCAGCUGCAUGCAAAGGGUCAUACUUACGAUAACACUUUGCCACAGUUCAAUCAGGAGGGUGCUGCCCCACCUCCAGGCGGUUUCAGCUUCGGCCAGUGAUUGGAUAUUGUUCUUAGGGUCGGAUGUUGUAGUACUUUCUGUCGUUGCCUUUCUUCCUUACCUCCUCGCACUUUUGUUUCCCCCUUGUCAGAAUAGUCCAUCGAAGUCUCAUCGGUGAAUUUGUAGCCUACGUGAUUCCCUCGAUCCAAUGUAGAUUCUCGCAAUCUUGAGUCGUGUUUAAGAUCAAGUCCUAGAUUCGCUAGUUUUGGAAUCGAGUUCUAUCUUUGCUGAAGGC